AUGGACAUGAUGAGGAAAGAUUCCAGAAAAGUGAAGAGGACUCUUUAUCCAACCAAAACCAUCAUGACACGCAGCCAGUGUCUCACCAGCUCCGGCUACUUCCACAGGCUCCCAGCAGAGGUGUUCCACAUGAUACUAGAUAAAGUGUCUGUGCUGGAGCUCAGUGUAUUUAGCAUGGUGUCCAAAGAAAUCAGUAGAUGCGUUAUGGACUACAUCUCCACCUUGGCCUGGAGAAAAAAAAUGAUCACCCAAAACCACUCCAGUUGCCUUGAACAGGGAUCCACUAAUGGACCCUUCAGAAACCUGGGGUUAUUAUUCAAACGAUGUACAUUGUUUCUGCCAGCAAAGGAGAAGUUAAAGUUUAUCUUCAGCCAACUGUCAAAGAUCCCCUGCUUCAUGUUAGAGCAGUGUCUAGUUCCGAAUUGCAGUGGCUUUGCCAGGUGUGGUGUCUUCCUCCAGACUCUAACUGCACAGUGGGAUGAGCUGGAGUGUCAUAGAGUGUUUAACUUCCUGUGGGAGCACACAAACCUGCUGCAAAAAAUUGAGACAGUGAUCUAUGCAAAACCAGGAACGAGGUGGUACCAGGAGCUGCAGCUCCGUAGUUUCUGCCGUCAGGUUCUGCUGGACCCGAGGCAGAACCAGCCAUCAGAGUGUCAGUUCUGGCUAAUGCAACUCCUGAAGCCUUGGCCCAUUGUCAGUCAGGCUCGCUUGCUGUUCAUCCUCUAUGGACCGCUGAUGCCUGAGGGGACUCUUGUUUGGCAGGACCUGGUGGAGAGAGGCCUGUCCCACGGAGCACUGUGGGACCUGGCCACAUCCUUCCUCCUGCUCAUUGGCAAAAGAGAAGUCAAAGGCUGGACCAGCAACUCAAUGCUGGCAAUCCUGGAAGAGCUUAUUGUCAUUCCUCAGCCCUGGCAUGUGGAGAACGUGGCUCGUCUCUUGGUGUUGUGUGGCAACACUCUCUGCUACGCUGUUCUGGCCAACAAAGCCCUGAACGGACGACUCGCUGAGAUCUCCAGACUCAUCGUCUUCAUCAUACUGGUGUCUGAGAAGGACAGCUAUAACAUGAGCAAUGUGGUGAAGUUGGUGAUACGGAUCUGCAAGAUCUUUAGCACGUCUGCAGAAAAGACCGGCUUCAUCCAACAACUGGAGAACAUGUUCUCAGAAAUCACCAGGGAGUUCUUCGAGGUUUGUGUAGCAGGGAACCACCUUGAAAACCGGGAGGCUUUCCAGAGCCUGUGUAUCCUCUUGGACUCCAGUGCUCGUUUCCACACUAAACUCAUCCUUCAGGUGCCAAUGUAAGAAUGAUGCUGAUUGAAAGUGACAAGAUGUGGAGCAGGCGAGAUGGAGAAGAAACAAAUGGCGAGAAUAAAACAGAGUCUCUGGAGAGAGGAAGAGAGUGAUGCAGCUUUACAACAAAAAUGAGACUUGUG